AUGACUGAUACCACUUCAAACAUUGAGAACUCUUUCGAUCUUCUAGAAGACUCGAAGGUUGGUCCAGCUCUUUCUGUAUUUGUACAUAUACAAUAUAUUUGCAGACUCUCUCGACUCCCCAGCUGCCCGAGCAACAAGAGCUCAAACUAAACGCGCUGGAAUCGGAAUGCGAGUCGCUUCGUGCUCAACUCAAAGUGCACGAAGAAUCGACGCUCUACACAGUUGGAUUUCAAAACGGAUACAAGCAGGGAAAGAGGGACCUGGCGCAGGAGUUAAACUUGGAGUUGGAGGAGGAAAAGGAGGAGGAAGAAGAGGAAGAAGAGGAGGAGAAGAAGAAGAAGAAGAAGGAGGAGGAAGAUGAAGAGGAAGAGGAUGAUGGGUACAACUUGACGGACGAUGAAAACUAUCAAUAUAGACAUCCGAUCGAGGGGCAUCUCUUCUUCUUCUUGCUCUUCGGACUCAUCAUGACCUUCAUCGAGAUCAUCUCGUCCCGCGGGGAGCUUCCGACCGUCGUCCGCAUCUUCAAAAUGGUCUACGGCGGAUUCCGCGAGUGUCUGUGUCCGGAAAAGGUCGAGGAGAUCUACGACGAUACGCUCUGA